AGACUGCAGAAGAAAUGAAGAAGAACCUUUUCGACAACGAGGAGGCCACCUUCGAGGACUGGGAGUCCGUCUACCGUACAAACGUGGCUCAGUGCUACUUCAUGACCACAGCAUUCCUGCCGCUUCUUCAGAAGGCUACCGAGAAGUCACACGGCUGGUCCGGCACUGUCAUCAAUAUCAGCUCCAUGUCCGGAAUCGUCAAGACAUCCCAACAUCAUCCUCAGUACAAUGCUUCAAAGGCCGCAACGAUCCAUCUGACACGCAUGCUUGCCAACGAGAUCCAAGAGAACGGACUGAAGAUUCGUGUCAAUUCUGUCGCUCCUGGAGUUUUCCCAUCCGAGAUGACUGCCGGCGAUAGCGGCGAGGCCCAAAAGUCUCACAUCCCCAAGGACAAAUACGAGGACAAGACUGCUGCGGGACGUCCUGGCAACGACCGCGAUAUGGCUAGUGCGAUUAUUUUCGUGGCAACGAACCAAUAUCUCAACGGUCAGACUGUGGUUGUCGAUGGUGGCUACGGCCUCGUGUCUGGACACUAGAGGGCUAGCAUGAUGAAAUGGUGGAUGAGAUCGAGACGACGAAGCAUUAACCGUCGUUAAUGUGCAUUGCAGUACAAAAGGAGAAUUAGGUCUUCAUGGAAUAACACAGUUCGAUUGUUCGG